UUUAAUCAAACAAAAAAUCAAAUCCAAGUUAAACAGAGAAAUGUUGCCUUAAUCCAAAAAACUCAGCCCAAAUUCCAGAAAUUUCCCCCAAAAGAAAAAACUGUUAACCAGAGCUGAGGAGUCGAAGGGGAAGAGAGAUCAAACAAGCAAAGAAGCGAGAGAGAGAAAUGAACAUACUGUGGAAGAGCGAGUCAUGGAGGAGAAUCGUUGCAAAAACUCGGGAUUCAAAGCCUUUCUUCUUCACAUUUGCAAUGGUUUGUGGGGUUAUACCUGGGUGCGUCGGCUAUGGUGUUAUGCAAGUCACCAACUCUCGUAACGAAAAGCUCGAGUCCCAUCUUCGCAACAAGUCUCGCCCUGAAACUCGGAUGAUGGGACAAGUGAAUAAAGAUAGGUUAGCUGAAUAUCUAGCAGAGCUGCAGCGGAAGGAAGACACAAAUGACCGGUAUGUGGCUGCUUUGAGAGGUGAAACGUUAACUAGAAAUCCAUAUGUGAGAAUUCAACCAAUUCCUAAGCAAAAUCCAACUGAAGUUACUGAACCUAAGAAAGAAUAGAGAAGUGAACCAGUCCAGCUAUCAGCUGAUAUUGUCUGGAGGACUGUUACUUGAAUCUUUGAAGAAAUCAGUAUAUGUGUACUUGCGAAUCCUUUGGAGGUUGUGUUUGAAGCUCAGGGCAUGAAUUUUUACCCGGUGUUCUUAUUAAUAACUCCCUCUCCUCCUCCUUUCAAAUAGUAAAAACAAGAGGCAUUGCAACACUCACUACGGCAUUGAAGCCAGAUUUCCCUUUCAGAAAUUUUAUUCCUGUACCAUUUUUCUCAGAUGCAACGAAAUUUAAUUUCCCUUCUUAAGUUAAGCUCCACAACUACUAAUCGAAUUGUUUGCAAAUGUUGAUUUUUAGUGAUUUACUACUCUCGGAGUUGAAUAUACUAAAGUUUGUAAUAUGGUGUACAAACGCGCCAACAAAUUUGCAUUAACCUUGUAUCAUUAUAUAGAUGAUUUUAACGCAUUGAUUUGUUUGUAUUA